AUGUCACUAACCUCACUCCAGAUCAACGGCUACUGGCACCCCCCAAGCACCACCAUCUGCGUCGACAUAGCGCGCUCCGACGGCCUGAGGCUCUUCCACAGCAUGUAUUUCCUGCAAGUGGAAGAUGAAGGUCGUGGGUUUACGUAUACGGUGGAAGGGGAGUUCGGUGGACAGCGCGGGGCGUAUGAGCAGGAGGUCGAGGUUCCAGAUGGAGGUGCGGCGGCGAAGGAUGGUGAGGUGAGUGUGGCGACGGCGAAGCGGGAUGGGGUUGGGGAAAUGCUGAGGAGGGAUGGCGCUGGGCGUGGUAAUGGGACAAAUAGCACAGCUAUGGUUGAUGCGCCAGGGGGGGUCCUGUCGUUCGCCGGGGCCAGCGGGGUCGACGCCGAUAGAUACGAUUCGAGGUCUCAGAAGAAAUCAAAGCGCGGUGCUUCUCAACAAGAAGCCAAGAUUUUAGCCACAUGGAUGAGUAUGGUGCGAUACAAUUUCUAUAGAUCAGUGAAAGAGUUGUUAAACUUGUCGGAGUUCAGUGCCAAGACCGCCGAUCGACAGCGAUGA